AUGAAACUAAGCCACAUUGUAUCUCUAACUUUAACUACGUCUCAACUCUGUUCUGCCACGUCGGCCCCAAAUCGGCAAAUGCAGGGUUUACAUGAGGGGAACCACGUUGGAAUACCAGAGGGCAUGCUGUUCAAAAGAGAAUACCAUGAAUUAGGGGCAGGACUAAAAUCAAAAAUUGUCCAGCCUAUUCUUAAAUCUGGCGUGAUGCAAAAAGGUAUGAUGAAGAAAAAGACAAGUACCAACAAAAAGGUCAAAACGCCGGGCAAAUCUGUACCGGCGGCGAGUACUCCAAAAGAGCUCAGUGUUGCAGCAGCUGGUUCAAAAAGUGGCAACAGGACAAGUAAUCCCAAGGCACCUGCCCCGGAGGGCGUCGAUGUUUCAAGAUUACCAGCGUAUUGUAAAAAUGAUUUCCACUUGAUCAAGAACGCAAUUCAGUUAAACCAGUUGCAGGCAGAAUGUACCGUGGUUAAAGGUACAGUGUCAAUACAGGAUUACGAAGAGCCAAUAAUUGACUUUGGUAACAUCAAUACCAUUCACGGAGACUUGCUUAUAGAGGAGUCAUCUUCAUUAUUAAAAGUCCAAGGUAAAAACUUAAAAUAUAUUGGCCAGACCUUCAAAUUACACGAUUUAACUGCCUUGACUGAGCUUGAUUUGCCUGAAUUAGGCCAUAUCAAGACAAUUUACUGGAGGGUUGUGCCAAUUUUACAAACUGUAGUUACAUCACCCCGUAUUGAAUCCGUCGAGUCUGUUUUAAUUUCGGAUACAUCGUUAACAUCAAUCGAUGACUUCUACGGAAAUGGAGAGUUAAGUUCCUUUAAUAUUAACAACAACCGUUACAUGGAUCACAUUAAAACAAAUGUUAGGCGUAUUACUAUGCAGUUGAGUAUCAACGCAAACUCACAAAAUCUAAAUUUGGAGAUGCCAGAAUUGGUGGCUGCUGACAAUGUCACAGUGAGAGAUGCUGCUUCAGUAUCCUUUCCAAAAUUGGAAUAUGUAAACCAGUCAUUCGAAUUAAUCGAGAAUAAUUUUGAAACCUUGUAUAUUCCAAAGUUGAAACGUAUUGGGGGCACAUUUGGCUUAAUCGAUAACAAGAAUUUGGAAACAGUAAAUAUGUCUUCCGUAACUACAAUAAACGGUGGACUUAUGGUUUCCAAUAACUCAAAAUUAACGACCCUAGACUUCUUGCCGGAAUUACAACAAGUAGGUGGUGCGAUUCAAUUCGAGGGAACUAUUGACGAUACAAAAUUCCCCAAAUUGAGGUUAGUUAAAGGUUCAGCCAAAAUCGAUAGUGGUUCAGGAAACCUAGAUUGCUCAAAGUGGACAAGACCUAGCAGUGGUAACUCAAUUAUCCGCGGAGGCCAACUAGAAUGUACCUCUGCCGGAAGACGCAACACAGUAAGCGUUUCUAAGGACGGUAUUGUACUUGAUAGAGACAGCAAAGAAGUCUCUCCAAAUGAAAGUUUCGGCACCUCCAUUGUUCUAGAUAAAUCCAAACUUGGUAAACUAAUCUGGUCAUUAGGGUUUGGAUGGAUGAUCUUUUUACUAAUUUUCGUUACAUUACAGUGA